GAAUAUUUUUCAGCAAAUAAAUCUAUGGGCCCAAUAUCCAUCAGUAUUUGUUUGAUGGUAUCAUUUAUGUCAGCAAUAACAUUACUAGGCGUCUCAGCUGAAAAUUAUACUUACGGCGCGAUAUUUGUCAUAAUUAAUUUUUCCUAUUUAAUUGGAACACCAAUAGUCUGUUACGGAUACUUACCAGUUUUUUACAAAUUACAAGCUACAAGUACUUAUGAGUAUUUAGAAAAAAGAUUCGGCGGAUCAGCAAGAAUAUUAGCAAGCUCCAUAGUAUGGUUACAAAUGUUGCUGUACUCUGGAAUAGUGCUUUACGCUCCAGCAUUAGCAUUUAAAACCACAACUGGAAUGGAAAAACUCACUAGCAUUUUAUCAGUGGGUUUAGCCUGCGCUUUUUAUUCCAGUAUCGGAGGAAUAAAAGCUGUAUUGAUUACGGACAUCUUCCAGGCUUUCUUGAUGUUCGCUUCAUUGAUAAUUAUCAUAGCCACUGCAGCUUCUUCAGUUGGUGGGCUUGACAAAAUUUGGGAAAUUGCAGGAGAGGGUGGCCGUUUGAACUUUAACAACUUUUCAUUGGAUCCAACUGAACGACAUACUUGCUGGGGUCUUAUAAUCGGUGGAAUUGGCCUAGCAAUUUAUAGUAAAUACUUCAACUGCGACCCUGUAACAAUAACAACAAUAAAAAAAAACGAUAUGUUGAUGCCACUGUACAUCAUGGACAUGACAUCAUCGCUUCCCGGUUUACCUGGAUUAUUCGUCGCAGGUAUCUUUAGCGCUGGAUUAAGCACCAUAUCUGCGGCCUUGAACGCUCUUGCGGCAAUUAGCUUAGAGGAUUACAUAAAGCCAUUGUAUUUUAUUUGCACUGGGAAGGAGUUUUCUCCAAAAAAAUCACUGAUAUGUAGUAAAGUGUUAGCUUUUAUUUUGGGAAUUUUCUGCAUACUUUUGGCUAUUCUCGCUCAAUAUUUGAACAGUAUUCUUCAGAUGAGUUUAACAAUUUUUGGAGUCGUUGGAGGUCCUUUAGUAGGUUUGUUCACCCUUGGUAUGUUGUUUGAGUCAUCAACGCAGCGCGGCGCUAUUUUCGGAACAACAUUGUCAUUGAUAUUUUUGAUAUGGAUUUCAUUCGGAGGUCCAAGACCAUUCCCCCAGGCUUUGCCGAUGUCUGUUGAAGGCUGUAAUAGUGAUUUACUCGCAAAAUUCAACGGAACGUUGAAUUUUCAAAAUAAUUCUGUUCCAAAAAAAGAGUUCUUUUACCUCUACCGUAUUUCUUACUUAUGGUACGCGCCAAUAGGUGUCGUUAUGACCAUCGUAGUCGGUUGGAUCACCAGCAAUUUGUUGCAAUCUUUGGGACUGGACCGGGUCAAGAAAAAUCUUGAUCCUGAUUUAUUUUUUCCAUGCAUUGCACGGCGCAUUCGUAGUAGGAACAGGAAUAAUUGCGGAGAAGAGUCAAGUGAAGCUAAUUUGAAAAAGUACCAAGUCAAAGAUGAUGUGGCUGAUGCAAAAACUCAAGAAUCAUUAUGUACUUAA